UAUUUAGCAGUAUUUUUAUAAACUCCGAGAAAAGUGGUUGUAUUUUAAAAUUAUUUGAGUUUAUUCUGCAAAAUGUUUAUAGAAAUUUUAAUAGUUUUAAUAACUCUGUUACUCUUAUGGGAUUAUUUGUCGAAAAAAAGACGCAAUGAUAUGUUAAGCUAUAUGCCGGGCCCGAAAACUUUACCGAUUUUGGGUAAUGUUUUAAUGUAUCGCGGUCAAAGUCCGGAAGAAAUCAUGGAAUUCAUUACCAACAACAAACGAAAAUUCGGUAAACUUUAUCGCGUUUGGAUUCUACAACAGCUAGCUGUCUUCUCAUCCGAUCCCGAUGAUGUUGAAGUGAUCUUAAGCUCUCCUCAACAUAUAACGAAAAAUAAUCUCUAUGAACUAUUACAUCAAUGGUUGGGCACUGGUCUACUAAUGAGUACGGGCAAAAAAUGGCAUUCCCGACGUAAGAUUAUAACGCCCACUUUUCACUUUAAGAUUUUAGAACAAUUUGUGGAAAUAUUCGAUCAACAAAGUGCGGUUAUGGUCAAGAAGUUGUAUGAGAAAGCAGAUGGUAAAACGGCCAUAAAUAUAUUUCCGGUAAUAUGUCUAACGGCUUUGGAUAUAAUAGCGGAAACGGCCAUGGGUGUUAAGAUUAAUGCCCAAAACAAUCCCGAUUUUCCUUAUGUUCAGGCAGUGACCGCAGUCACCAAUAUAAUCGCCCGUCGUUUUAUUAAUGUAUGGCAUCGCAUUAAUUGGAUUUUCCGUUUAACUGCAGCCCAGGAUUAUAAACGUUUGAAUGCCAGUAUUAAGAUAAUGCAUGAUUUUACCGAAAAUAUUAUUAUGGAAAGACGACAAACUUUAGAAAAGAGCCUCCAGAAAAACUCUCCCAUACCGGAGGAGAAUGAAUUUGGUCAAAAGAAACGCAUGGCUUUGCUAGAUGUUUUACUACAGUCCAACAUAGAUGGUGUGCCCCUAAGUAAUGAGGACAUACGUGAGGAAGUUGACACUUUCAUGUUUGAGGGCCACGAUACCACCACUAGUGGCAUUUCUUUUGCUUUAUAUUUAAUCUCCCGACAUCCGGAAGUACAACAGAAGAUAUUCGAAGAAAUUGUGGACGUAUUAGGCAACGAUAAAGAACGCCCCGUGACAUUGCGUGAUCUGGGGGAAUUGAAAUAUUUGGAAUGUGUUAUAAAAGAAUCUUUACGUUUAUAUCCUCCAGUACCCAUAAUCGGACGUUAUUUUACUGAAGAUGUCGAUAUACGUGGUAAAAAGAUACCCGCUGGCACUAAUUACACCGUGGGCAUUUAUGUAACACUACGUGAUCCUUUAUAUUUCCCCGAUCCUGAUGCUUUUAAACCGGAACGUUUUCUCGACGAUAGUAUUAAUAAGAUUAAUCCUUAUGCCUAUAUACCGUUCUCGGCCGGACCGCGUAAUUGUAUUGGUCAAAAAUUUGCCAUUUUGGAAAUGAAAAGCACAAUUAGUAAAAUUUUAAGACAUUUUGAAUUGUUACCACUGGGACCGGAAGUAAGGCCCAUGAUGAAUUUAAUUUUACGCUCGGCUAAUGGCAAUCAUAUGGGAUUGAAACCCAGGCAAUAUUAAUGAGACUUAGACGUUAACUUUUAUUAUUUAUUAAAUUGUAUUUGUGUUUAAUUUUCUUCAAAAUAAAUUAUAUUUUUGUAAAAACUAAUGAAAAUUAAUAUAAUUGUAAAAAUUCUAACCAAAAUCAUAUCUAGAAUGAUUUUAUCUAUAAUAAAUAUAAUCUAGUUAUAUCCCAGGUAUAACUAGGUAUAUUCUAGUA